AUGAGCCGUUGGUACCGGAACGACCCUGGCGAUAACUGGGGACGUAGUGGCUACGCGGAGAGAUGUGAUCGAGACGACUACCAGCAAAAUUACCAGCGUGGCGGCAGCCAGCAAAGCAGCUCCGGAUACUCUGAAAGGUCCGGAUACGCGCAGGAUAAUAGUUACCGCCAAAAUCGUAGCGGAUAUACCGACGUCUACACCGAUGGAGCCUGUGCUUCGAAUGGCCAGAGCGGCGCAAGGGCCGGCUGGGGCGUCUACUGGGGAGAUAACCACCCGGAUAAUUCAAACGGCCCUGUCCACGGUGCGCAGACGAACAACCGUGCCGAGCUCCGCGCUGCCAUCGAAGCUGUUGACCAGGCCCAGGACCGAGGAAUCGAAAGGCUGCGUAUCAACACGGACUCUGACUUGAUGAUCAAGUCGCAAAACGAGUGGAAGGGCAAGUGGAAGGAGAACGGCUGGAUGACCUCUGCAGGCACGCCUGUCAAAAACCAGGACCUGCACAAAGAGCUGGACCGGAAGAUGCAGGGGAUGGAUGUGAAAUUCGAGUACGUGCCUGGCCAUAGCGGAAUUCAUGGAAACGAGCAAGCGGACCGGCUUGCCACAGACGCCGCGGCCAGGUCAUCGUAUUCAGGUGGAUAUGGCGGAUACGGCGAAUAU